GGCUCGUCAGUUGGCUUAGUGACUACUCAGAGGAGAACAUCCGUUAUUGUGGAGACGAAAAGAAAAGCUCAACAAAUUAACGUUUUAACGAACAAAUAACGAGUUUUCGCGGCUCGUCUUUCUUUUUUCCAACUUUCUUUUUUCCGCGUUUUCUUUUAAGCUAACUAAACAUGGCUUGUGGAGCGACGUUAAAGCGGUCGAUGGAGUUUGAGGCCCUCCUCAGUCCCCAGUCUCCCAAGCGGAGAAGGUGCAACCCUCUACCGGGGACUCCUGGAGCUCCGUCCCCGCAGAGAUGCAGCAAUCUCCGGCCACCAGUCGACAGCCCACCGACGCACUCGAUGUCUCCUCCGGCCAUGGGAGGCGAACACAGGCUCACCCCAGAGCAGAUCUUCCAGAACCUCCGUCAGGAGUACAGCCGGAUCCAGAGGCGGCGGCAGCUGGAAGGGGCCUUCAACCAGACGGAGGCCUGUAGCUCCAGCGAUGCCCCCAGCCCCAGUUCCUCCCUCAACGCUCCCAGCUCCCCACCAGGUGCCUCAAGGAAGGACCAGCCCUCGUUUACACUGAAGCAGGUGAGCUACCUGUGUGAGCGGCUGCUGAAAGACCACGAGGAGAAGAUCCGGGAGGAGUACGAACAGAUUCUUAACACAAAACUCGCAGAACAAUAUGAAUCUUUUGUGAAAUUCACACAAGACCAGAUCAUGCGAAGAUACGGAGCCCGGCCUGCUAGUUAUGUCUCUUGAACUCACCAUGAUGAGAUCCCAGCUUCCUCUCACAAGAUGGCUGCUCUUCUACUGCCCCCCCCUCCUUUAAUUUUCAUUUUAUUUUCCCUAUCCCUCCCCCUCUCCUCCCCCCACCAAUCUCAAACUGUUUGGGUGCCAUGGUUUAUCCUCAUUUUAAUCCAGAUGUUGAUUUCUUACUUCAAAACUAUUGCUGCUGGCCAAAACUUAGAAGAAUCUGAAAGAUAAACUGUGUAUGAAGCCCACCCUUUUUUUGCCCCUUUUUUUCUUGUUCAUAUGCUCUUUCUGGAAAUCCUGACUAAUGCAGAUCUGUGUCAAAUCUCUUGCCGGCGCUGUAGAAAUAAAAGCUUAUUGGCUCAUGUGAUCAUUCUGUAUAACCUCCCAGCAGCUGUAUUUAAUGGCUCCUGCUUCUCACAGUGUCCCCCUUUUUUGCCCACCGCCCCUCUCCCCCUCCUCACAACUCUUUACCUGAGAAUGUGGAUUUUUCUCCCUUUUGAAGAAAAUAAAAGUUCUGUGAUUUAAAAA